AUGUCGGUCCUCGAGAUCUGUUCAGCUAAUAUUUAUCAAUACAUGCAACAAAUCGUCCAACAAGAGCUUAGUCUCGAUCCACCGCGGGGCCUCAUAGCGGAUUUCAUCGAUAGAACAUACGGUGGCUCCAACCAUGUGGAGCGACUUAUCUCUCCUAAAAGGGCCGCAAGCAUGUUUCGUGCAGCUUAUAUAGACCCAGAUAAGGAAGAUUGUGGCCUGGAGACUGCCACUGUCUCCACACCGAGGAGGCGAAAAAUAUCUCUUUCUGAAUAUGAGAUUAUGGUUCAUGAGAAUCCCUCACCUAAAGGUGGACAUGAGGUCAUCACUGCGUUGACCGGCCAGCUUGAGGUCUGUGGACAGAUCUUUUGGACCCAGGGGGUUGGCGACGGACUGACAGACUGUUUAAUUGAGAUUUUACACUCUAUUGGUCUAGUCAUCCAGGUACUUGAGCAUGAAACUGCUGUCAUAGAAUGCGACGCUGUCACCAAGCUCGGCAGAGACAAGUAUACAUCGGAUAAAGCAGUUGUCACGUAUGUGAAAUGUUCAGAUGUCACAUCCUGUACUGCUUGGGGUAUCGGAAUAGUUUAUGACGUGAUGAACCUAUAA